AUGCAACCACCCGCAAACUUUCAGCCUCAAGUAGGACACGAGGUGUUUUCUGCGGGUAUUCAAGCGACAACUGUUGGGGCAUGGUCUAGCUUUCCAAUUCUUUGGAGGACUAUUAACGAAGUUUGUAUGCAAGCCUUUUCUAUCUUUGAAAAUUAUCCUACUAAGGAUCUUUCUGUUUUGUAUAGAGAGCUGAACGCCAAUCUAUGCAGGGCGCACGCACUUGUUUACAAGCUUACAGCGUAUCCAUGCCACGACUGCCCAUCUCUAGUGCGAGGGAACAACUCUGCUCGAGUAGUUGGAGACAAUCAAGAAUGCACACAAGUUUUAGUAGUUUAUUAUUUAUUUCGUGAGUUACUGAAAAAACAGGUGCUUCAGAGCAAGCAAGCUUUAAGCGCCGAAUGCUACACUAUUUCCGCCUAUCUUGACUCGUUCGAGAAAUAUUCAGCUGGUGUAAAUGUGACAAAGUGUGUCUUCACAUAUUUACAGUGGGUUUGGCAGAAAGUGGGCUUGCCAAGUGAACAUAGUAUUUUACCUACUGAGGUCAUUUCUCUACACAACUGGACUGAACACGUUUUAUCUGAUGAUGUUCGGGAAUGCUUGAAGAUGAGUGCUAUGAGCACAGUGAAUGAAAUGCGGCAAGGCCAAGAGGUUGAUUACGACACAAUAGAAAAUAUUAAACGGCUAUCGUUAAACCUAUCGAUGCUUAGUGACAGUCGUCAAGCGUUUUACGUCACAAUUUUGGAGGAACCAUAUUUGGCGAACAUGAGCAGCUUUUACAUGUUGCGAAAACCAAAUUACAAACGCUAUGGACCAGAGAAUUAUGUUAGUGUCUGUAUCCGUACCUUGAAAAGGGAAGAAUUCUUAGUUAAGUGCACUUUGUGCAAACAGUCGUUAGAAAAGGUUCGAAACCACCUAAUUGAGAUCUUGUUUCAUGAAGAAGUUGAAUAUUUACGGCCUCCAGUUCAAGCUUGCUUCGCAAAUGAUUUCGAGCGGGACAAAAGCAAGAGUUGGUUAUCCAGCCUUUACGAGCUCAUUGGAGCGGGCUCGAAGAGUUCCUGGGUUGAGGAUGUUAUCACGUCAAAUGUCUCCGAAAAAGCAAGUGAAUUGAUUAUGAAACGAAUUCAAGAGGGUAAUGAUGACAACAACGUGGCUGUAGAUCUGAACUCCAUCAGGGAAACACAUCACGUACAGAAAAAAAAAAUCAUAGAUAUUUUUGGUCCAAAGCGGCCCUUGUUGGUGGCUAUGCUCUCUGGACUUAAGAUAGCUCUUGACACUUACAAAGAAUCAAGCGUACAGGAUAAUGAAGAUUUCGAGAAGAACAUCGCCAAUUCACUAGCUGUGUUUGCAGUCAAGGAAACUGACAGUUGGCUCAACAAUCCUAAAAUUUGUGACAACUGGGUUGCAGAUAUGUAUGGUUUCAUUGAAAAAAAGGAGGUAUUUCACUCAAAGUACAUGAAGCUCCUUAAGUCUCGCUUAUUAAAAAAUGCUUACUUAACUGAAACGAAAGCAAAUUGUGAAAACACAUUCCAGAGAGAACAGCGUAUGCUUAGUGACCUUUUCUUACGGGGAAGAAAUUUUGACUUUGCGCACUCCUGUCAGAUCAUGCUGAAAAAUGUUUUUACGCGUAGCUUCGAUUAUAAAACAAUGCAUCGUGCACCAUUUGAACUUCGGCCUAUAGUUCUAAAUAAAUUUAUUUGGGAUGGCAUUGCACCACCACCCAAACAGGAUACUAAUUUGCUGAUAAAAGAAGUGGAUCAAGCCUUGGAAAAUUUCCAAAUGGUCUAUAAGAAGAACUUUGCUCCUGGGAAGUGUUUAUCCUUUUUGCCCCACUAUUCAACUUGUAUCGUUCGUAUGAAAACAGGUGAUGACGCAGACUAUGGUGUACGUCUAAUUCUUUCUUCCCUUCAGCUGCGUAUUGUUAUGGCAUUCAAUCAACAGAGGAAGUGGAGGGUAUCAGAAUUAGAAGAGAAAAUUGACGUAAGCCACAGUGAAUUUAGUGAACACCUGGACAAGCUUGUUAAAGCGAACAUAUUUGCUUAUUUACCUUCUUCCAAAUCUCUUCACGUCGUUAAACCAACCAGGUCAAGCCGAAAGAAAUUUUUUCUAGUUCCUGAAAUUCAGCAUGAGAGUGUUCAGGAAGGAAAUAAACGGGAAAGCAUUCGAAGUAUUGCACCCAUAGAAAGAGAAAAGGCGAUUGCAAUUGAGGGCUGCAUUGUAAAGUCUUUGAAAAUGAACGGUUCUCUCUCCAUUGGAAAGAUUGAAGAGUUUGUUUCUGAAGUUUUGGAUAAAUUUAGCAUUAACUGUCGCGAUAUCAAGCGAAUACUUGAUAAAUUAAUUGAAAGGGAAUACGUAUUGCGUGAGGAGGAAUCAAAUACUUUCAGGUUUAUUCCUUAA